AGUGCCCUUUGCAUACGGAAAGUAGAACCAGUUUAGUUUGAAAAGUGUGUCACGAGACUGUCAUAUGACGAGAGAAGAAGGCUACCGUCCGAUACCAAGAUGUUGGAAGUGGACUUUGUUAUCUGGCUCACAGUGAUAACAUUUGUAAAAUCUGAAGUAUGCCAGAAACUGAGUGCAUGCAAAUGUCAAACGUCGGACGGGGUGGUGGAUUUAUCGGCUCUUCCGAGUUUUACAAACAUCAAAGAUCCACAAAAUUACCUGAAUGACUGGAAUCCCUGUGCUGCCAGACCAUGUGGUAAUACAGGAAAGGGUGAUGUGUCGAUAUGCCAGACAAGCAAUAUACCAGGAACACCUGCCUUAUCUUAUGUCAAUGGUUACCUCAGAACAACUAGGUUUAUUGGAGAAGUAGGGAAAGACCUGGUGCUACAUUACACUGGGGACAAUGUAACUGGCACUGCUAACUUAAGACAAAGUAGUAUAUCAUUAAUAUGUGUACCAAAUAGUGCAGUGAAUAAUUUAACUGCCAAAGGAGAGAAAGUUGCAGGAGAUGUUAAUUAUAUAUUCACUUUGCGAAGUCCGCACGCUUGUUUGGUUCCUAAUCCUGGCCUCAGUGCUGGUUCCGUCUUGCUCAUUUUGUUUUUUGUAGCAGUUAUGGUCUAUAUAGUCGGAGGAAUCCUGUUUCUACGAUUUUAUCGUGGAGCCAGUGGAGUAGAAAUGAUACCCAACUAUGAAUUCUGGAAAGAUUUUCCACUUCUUGUUAAGGAUGGUAUGAUAUUCACUUUCCGAGGAUGCAAGUCCGACACGACCUACUCACAGAUAUGAGGUACCCCAAAUGGGGAUAAAACAGCUUCAGAUAAAAAUCACCAACCCACUCUGAACCUCGAUCACUGCCAGCGAUUGUACCCUAUAGUUGAGCUAUCUCUGUUUGUCUUCAGGAAGAGUGCAUUUCAUUAAGGUGGUGUGACAUCUUACAAAGAGAGAUAACUCUCACUGGAAUAGAAUUACAGCGCUUUAAAAAAAAAAAAUAGGCCUUAUAUUUCGAAAUAUACAUGUAAAAUGGAACAUUAAUGGUAUGCAUGCAUUUUAUUUCAAAUUUUUAAUGCAAGAGUUGAGAAGAUAUAGAGCUUUUUUUUGUUUUAUUAAGAAAAUGAGUACUGGUAGUCAUAAUUUAAUAAUUCCCCUUUUCCAUAUGCCUUUAUAAAUUCAUCUUUGAUGAUGAAGUGGUGCUAAAGGUCGGCAGCGGGUUUAAAAUUUUGCGCCCUCUGCGCAGGGUAUUGCGCAUUACUGUCGUAAAACGCAAAUGUAAAGUGAAAUGUUCAAAUAUACAGUUUAUCAUGUAACGUUUUUAUGUUAAAAAAAUGACUUAAUUAUCAAAAAUUGCAGCGUCAAUAAUUAAAUUCAAAACUAUCAUAAAAAUGAAGAGAUUGCAUGUGAUUAGUUAGGAGUGUUAGAGGGAGAUACCUACAUUUAAUUAAAGUAAAGGUGAUGUAAUGUGUGACGGGAAAUUUUGAUAAAGUAGUGCUAAAGUCAUGUAGGCAAAUGUACUUAUUUGUACUACUUUAAUACUACUUUAAUACUAAUAAUUGAUAGUGAUUUGAUGAAUGUUAUGAUAAUUUAUACUAUUAUGUACAUAUGUAUAACAGUAGAGCAAUUCAUUCUGAGAGACAAGAAUGGGAAUUAAGUUCAGAUUGACUUUCAGCUCUUUAUAAAUGUCACAAUAUAGUUGACCAUAUAAAGAUAUAAUGUUCACAGGUUUUUAAUGAAGCUUUGCCAUAUUAAUGUAAAAUUUCAUUACAUUCCCAAUUUAUGAACAGCUGCUAGAAUUUUUUAUUUAUUUUUGCUUGAUGCCUGCAUGUGUUACUUGAGCAUGUAUUAUAACUUAAGGUACUUCACUACACCUAUACUUAUACUAUUUAAGACACUACACUACAAGAUGGCGAUUUAAAUGUUUUGCUAAAUUGUUCAUAUCAAUCGAUCUGGUUGUGUAUUGUCAUAGCUGAGUGGUUAAAGCAUCAGGCUUGUGAACUGCAGAUCAUGAGUUUGAAUCCAGUUUGGACUUUUCUUCAUAUUUACUGAAUUAAAUUUGUGAAAAUGUAAUAUUUUAUCCAAAAUUGCACAUUAUUCGCCUAUUUGUAUUACAAAUGUAUUCUUAUCCAUCAUGCUGUCUAUCAUAAAGUAACUGUCUGCUAAUUUAAGAAACUUUUUCAAGGUGUAGUGAGUAACCUUAAGUUUCUGUUACUGUGUCAUAAAAGUCAUUGCAUGUUUGUCAUUUAUUUUCAGAUUUUCUUUUUAAAGAUAGAUUUGAUAUAGAUUUCUUUUUACAUUCUUGUGUAUAAAUAAGGUUUGUUGUUGUACACAUUGUGCAUGAAGGAUGUAUUGAUAUCAUGCAAGUGACUUUGAUAUUUAAAUGGUUUAUUGUUUACCUAGGAGUAUGAAAAUGUUGAAACUGUAUUUAAAAAAAAUGCCAACCUGGCGGUUAUAAUCUCAAUAGAUAAGAAUCUUCAUGUUAUUUUUCAAUUUGACAAUCUCACAGAUUUGUUUUUGUUCCUUGUAUAAUAAGUAUUGCUUUUUUGUGUGUUAAAUAGGAGUCUUCCAUUGAAAUUGUAAAGAAAUACAAUGAUUUUUUUUCCAGUCUUAAAAAUAUAUUACUCUGUCUUU